GUUAAGAAUAAUGAAUGUUAAAGAAAAUAUUGAUGUUAAUUUUAAAAGAACUGUUUGUUUAAUUACUUUAGCUGGAGUUUCUUCAAUCCAGUUUUAAUUUUAUUUUUCCUUAAGAUCAAAGUAAACCUCUAAAAGUGAUUGACCGUGAAUUGAUUAUUGUUAGUGUUGUGUGUUUCACAGAGCUGACAAUGGGGACAACGUGACGAGGUGGUGCAACCUGCGGAUGUAGAGGCUUAGAAUGAUUUCCCGCCGAAUGUGUGGCCACAAAAACUGCUACGUUAAAAUAUGCAAGAGUGGGUUACUACUGAUGCUGGUUGUGUCCCUCGUGAUCAACAUCUCCUUUAUAAUCGACACAAGACAGAAACUACACCAACAGACUGGUGCUGUUGGUCAUGAGAAGGGUGACAUCGUACACACGGUUCACCCCCAGGCGGAUAUCAAACCCUCGCCCGCCCUCCGCCAGGCCAGGGUUGAGGUCACCUCCAGCAAACAGCUGGUUGCUGUCAAGGUCAAUGGCAGAAAUGUGUACCUCAAUGAUGGAUUUGAUGAGGACAGAGGAAUCCACGUACUUGUCCUCAACCAGGCAAAUCUGGAGGUGAUGGCGCGUAAGGUGUUUGACACAUACCAGAAGAAUGAGGAUGAUGACAUGCUCCGCUUUCUCUCCAACAUCAGCCCUGGGAGAAUCAUCGUGUACGCCAUCAAGGAUGAGGGUACAUUUAACCUGCAAGAGCGGAGCAGGGGUGAGUUACUGAGACUAGGCAGUGAGUCGGCACCCCUUCUACACUGGAGAGAUACAUGGGCCUUCAUCGCCAGACACAAGAAGGGUGGUUUGGGGGAGAGCUACGGUGAAAGCAAGGAACUAACCCAGUGGGCGGAGCCUGCGAUCCUAACUGCAAACAUCACCCUGGAAAACAACAACGGUGUUGAGUGUGCCAGCUGGCCUGACACACCAGAGACCGCUCGGCGACGAGAGUUUUGUCAGAAAUAUGAGGGCUAUGGAGCAGUCUGCAGCUGUGGGGCACCAGAACCACUUUCAUUCACUGUUAAACCUUUGGAGGUGGAUGGGGUAUUGGAUGUGCCCGUCACCAUCAUAGCCAGCAAUAGGCCUGCAUAUCUGUAUAGGAUGCUGCGUCGUCUGUUACAAACAUCUGGUGUUCCAGUUGACAAGAUCACAGUGUUCAUUGAUGGAUACUUUGAGGAACCGUUAGACGUCACUCGUCUGUUCAAUAUCCGGGGCAUACAGCACGCUCCCCUGGGCCAGAAGAAUGCUAGGAUAGCCCAGCACUAUAAGGCCAGCCUUACUGCAACCUUCAAUUUCUUCCCUGAUUCUGGCUAUGUGAUCAUUAUAGAAGAGGACCUGGAUGUCUCACCAGAUUUCUUCCUGUAUUUUCAGCAAACCAUGCAUCUUCUAGAUGAAGACCCAACAUUGUACUGUAUAUCAGCUUGGAAUGAUCAGGGAUAUGACCACUCAUGUGCAGACGAGACUUUACUGUACCGAAUCGAGACGAUGCCCGGGCUCGGCUGGAUGAUGAAGAAAUCCCUGUACAAGGACGAGCUAGAACCUCAGUGGCCUGCUCAAGACAAGCAAUGGGACUGGGACAUGUGGAUGCGACACGGUGCGAUACGGAAGUCCCGGGAGUGUAUCAUCCCCGACAUUUCCCGUACAUACCACUUCGGAUCAAAGGGUCUCAAUAUUAACCCAUACUUCCAGGAAAUCUACUUCAACAAACACAAAUUACAAUCAAAACCUAAUGUCCGCUUGAAAGAUGUGGACAGGAUGACUAGUGAAAAGUAUGAAGUACUAGUCCGUGAUCUUAUCAAAGGUGCCAAAGUGUUAGAUCAUUCCAAAGACCCUUGUGCUGAAGAUUUCAUUCCAAAAACAGAUGAUUCAACAUAUGUUAUGUACAUACAAAUGAAGGAAGAGAGGGACUUUGAGACUUGGAAGCAGCUUGCAAAGUGUUAUAAACUUUGGGACUUGGAUGUUAGAGGUUUCCACAAGAGUAUGUGGAGAAAUUUCCUACAUGGGAAGCACCUUGUCCUGGUUGGAGUGCCGGCCUCUCCUUACUCUGAUCUCAAACCAGACAAUGUUCAUCCUAUUUUCUUACAAGAGAAGAAGGAAAACAAGGAGUGACACGCAACAACUAUGUUUGGAAGAAUUAAGAAGUUUCUAUGCAUGGAGAAUGAGUAGCACUCAACAACUCUGAUAGGAAUACUGUUAUCUGAAGUUGGAAAGCAAUAUAUGCUUGACAUUAAAUGCUGAUAGCACUGCUGAAAGUGAAGAUUGAAAUUGUUAUUGUUAGUUUGUAAUGUGUUCACAUGUUGGUUGAUACAUGAUGUGUUGAUAUGGAAUGCAACAAGGGUUAUUUAAAGUGUUAGUCAGUGUAUGUUGUUACUACAGCUGAGCUGUAUGUCUGCUUGUAUUUGGGACUAGACUGAUCAUAACAAGAUAAGCACUCACAGUGUUUGUACAGUACAUUUUGUUAGAAAUGGGACUUCUUACAAAGGGUGCUUUAUCCCAAUCACUGACAGUAGAUAAUCUAUUUGUUUCUGUAAAUCUGAAUGUUUCAUUCUCUGACUUGCAAUUCUGAUGAAAGUCAGUCUUCAUUAGCUAUAUAUAAAAUAUGAUCUUAACAUUAAGAAUAGUAUGUCCUAGAAAAGAAUAUGUCUAAAAGACACCAUUCUUGUAUUUAGUAUAUUUGUACAUUUAUUGGCUGAUGUGAUAUUAAUGUAGAAUAUUGUUAACUGCUCGGGAAUUGGAUUAGUGUUGUGAUAUUUAGGUAUUUCUGUAACUCAUAUCAACUAUCACAUGUCUUAGUUUAUAUGAUUAUGUAUCUUAUAGAGAUCAUUGUACAUUAAUGGGGCUGUUUUAACUCUCACUCACACACAGAUGUUAAGAGAUCAUUGUGCAUUAAUGGGGCUGUUUUAACUCUCACUUACACACAGAUGUUAAGAGAUCAUUGUGCAUCAAUGGGGCUGUUUUAACUCUCACUUACACACAGAUGUUUAGAGAUCAUUGUGCAUUAAUGGGGCUGUUUUAACUCUCACUUACACACAGAUGUUUAGAGAUCAUUGUGCAUUAAUGGGGCUGUUUUAACUCUCACUCACACACAGAUGUUUAGAGAUCAUUGUGCAUUAAUGGGGCUGUUUUAACUCUCACUUACACACAGAUGUUUAGAGAUCAUUUGCAUUAAUGGGGCUGUUUUAACUCUCACUUACACACAGAUGUUUAGAGAUCAUUUGCAUUAAUGGGGCUGUUUUAACUCUCACUUACACACAGAUGUUUAGAGAUCAUUUGCAUUAAUGGGGCUGUUUUAACUCUCACUCACACACAGAUGUUUAGAGAUCAUUGUACAUUAAUGGGUCUGUUUUAACUCUUACUCACACACAGAUGUUUACUGUCGUGUGCAUUUAAUGAAAAUCCUUGUGAAAUGUUAGGGAAGUCCACUUAAUUUUGAAUCAGUCUGAUAAGCCACAAUAUUUGAUACAUUAUAUAUUCUUAUAUAUUUAUUGAAGGGGGCUUUUUAUGACCCCCGAAAGUGGGCAUAUUGAAAUUGCAUCGUCCAUCCAGUUCACCAUGUGCGGACUCUAACUUGCAUGCAGGGAGGGAUUAUGAAAUAAUUUGGCACAUGACUGUGUUCGGAACAUACCCCGGUAAAGACAAUGUUUUGUGUGCAAUACCCAAAUCUCUACCUCAAAGAUCAAAGUCACUUUUAGAGUUUAAACGUAAUGGAAUUCUGUAUACAUGCAUAUAGGGUAUAGUUGGUCGUGUUGUCAUGCACUUUUGGGAUUUUAAAACUUCUUUAGCACAUGUGUGCAGCUCAUAAAGAUGACGUGUUGUGUGCAUGACCCACGUCCUUACCUCAAAGUUCAAGGUCACACUUAAGAUGCAUGGAGGGAUUUCUUGGUUGUACAUAAAGACAAUGGGUCAUGUGCAAGACCCACAUCCCUACCUCUUUCAUUAUCACUCCCCUGCACUUGAGGUUAACCAUCAUGGGGGCUGGCAUAUGCUUAGCGUUUAUGUUUAUUCUUCCUGUAUGUACCGGGUAGGCAUAUUUAAGUUACUGCAUAAUCAAUUGAACUGGAUGGCAUUUGGGGGGCAUUUGUCACUAUCUGUGACAGCUCUUGUUUUUAUUUCAUGUUAGCAAUAAAAUAUUGCCUUUAAUAAUAGAAGUUGUUUUCAAGAUUGCCUCUAUCGGUAGUGCAUUAAAGACUUUCAUAAUACCUUUUGGUUGAUAUAGUAUCUGUAUUGAAUUGAUGAGUAUUCACAUAAGUUAUUAGGGGCAUACGUAGAGCACCUUAACUCAGUAAGUGCAUAUAUGAAUAGUUGCAGAUAUUGAAUUGAGGUGAUAACAUGUAUCAUUAAAAAUAGUAAGUAUUCUCAUGCCAUUAGGGAAUCUGAUACAAAACUACAUGAAUUUUGGAUAUCUGGUGACCCCAUCUUAUUUUGGUAUUAUAUUUUAAAGGCUUUUAAGUGCAGGAAUUCAAAAAUAGAAAAUUAGUUUCAAAUUGAUGUAACAAACGAGCUAUUUGGUCGUGAAUAAUUGCAUAAUAGGUUAUUUCAUGUUUGAUUUCACUUUAAGAACAUAAAUACAAAUUGCAAAAGCUAGAUCUAUUAUAUAUUUCAGUCAUUUUUUUAAACAUUAGUGAUUAUACCCUUUUAAAUUAUGCCAACAUUAGAUGGGGUUACCAGGCAUAACAAUUUUACAUCAUAGUUAGUGGAAACAUCUGAUUACCAUCCUUGGAACCCAGCAUAUUCAUAAUCUAUAUGAUAGCUUAUGAAUACGCUGUGGAGCCGCGGAUCAUUAUAACAAGCCUUUACGAGCUGGAUGUAAUGUAAUCUAAUGUAUACAAAAAAUAAUUUUAAUUACAUUCCACUACAAUAUAUAAGCCUGUUAAUUGACAGUAUAAUUAUUGUUUUAAAUGUAAUGUAUAAUAAAUAUACAUAUCUGUUUUUUAAGUCCUUAUACUAUGAAAGGUACAUUUAUACAGUAUCUGUGUUUGCCAUUAUUGUUUUCAAUUUUUCAUAUUAAACUAAGUUGAUUUAUUUAGCAAAUUCUAUAAUUAUGUUUAAUUAUUGUUUCUGAUGUUUACCAUUCUCUAUGAGUUUUUGUUCUAAGAGAUCUACUAAAAAUUGUUCAGGUGUGCAAAUUCCCACCGUAUCAGUUUGCUACAUAAAUGUACAUGCUGGUUUAAACUUGACUGUGUUCUUAGGUUUAUAAAAAUAAUGAAGGCAUUUUGAAGAGUUUUACAAUGUAUAUAAGAAAUUGAAUAUAUUUUAUUUUUUGGUUAAUACCCAUUGAAAUCUCAAGUAUGUUUGACAGAAUGUUGUUUUACUUACAGAUAAUUUUAUUGUUUAUAUUUAUUAAGACUCCAGACUUGAUAUAUGAGUCGAAUCGUUCAAUUUUAGGCCUUCGGACAUAUAUUUGCUUAUAUUGUUUUAUUGGAUGCUUCAGUUAUAUGACAUUUCAGGAAGCAAAACUGAAAUAUUCAUGAAGAUAUCUUUGUUAAAAUUUAAUAUACUGAAAAAUUCAUGGUUUGCUAUAAUAAUGUUAAAGGCCCAAAAUCGUGCGAUGCAGAUAGUAAUUAUGUUCACAAGCUUGUAUGGUGAAAAAUGUUUAACAACUGUAGAAUAAUUAUAAUACUUGCAUUGUUGUGUACAAAUUAUUGAUUCCAAAGUAAAAACCAAAAUAGUGACCAUA